AACUUAUCCAUUACAUCCAUCGUCCUUGACUCACAUGGCCCUCAGCUUAGGAUCGCCUAGUUCAUUACCGCCCCAUGAUGAUCAUAACUCUGCACACCCAAUGACCCGCGCACCUUCCAACUUAGCGCUGUCCCUUUCGCUCGUGAAGAGUAUCCUUGACGCAACGGAUACCCUGCCUUGCGUCAAAUACGUUGCCUCUGUGGGGGUCACGAUUAUCGAAGUUGUUCAGGAAGUUCAAAGUAACAAGGCGGCCUGCCAGAACCUGGCUUUGCGCGCUCAGGAUAUGAUCGUCACGAUCGCGAAAGCGUGUCGCGGUGUCAGUGAAGACGGCCUGGAGGUACAACUCAAGGAUGAUCUCCGACAACUCACAGUUGCGAUGGAGGAAAUAUUGGAAUUCACUCGUACGCAAUUGAGUCGGAAAGUCUACAAGCGCCUUCUUUACAAGAGUGAAGAUGCCGACAACAUCAAGUCAUUAGAGGACAAGCUCACCCACGCUUUCAGAAUGUUUGAGGUUCAAUCGAGCGUCAGUAUGCGACAGUCCCUACGCUUGAUUGCCCAGCGGAUUGAAGAGCUCCAUGAACAUGGACAAUCUCAUACUCUCCCCAAGGACCAACCUCUCUCCAUUCUUGAUGGUAUCUAUAUCAUAAAAAAUGUGGCAACGGGUAAGCUACUCGAACUGGCUAACGCUCCGCGGACAAUGAGAUGGGCUCCUGUCUACCUCGCUCCCCAGCGAGAGCUCUCCGAAGGAAGGCUCGAUCUUUCGCAGCUGUGGUCCGUCACCACCUCGCGAGCUCGCCAGAUGCAGUAUAUCAUAACCAACUUGGCCUCGGGGACUGUAUUGGAUAUCCUUUGUUCAGGAGACAAUUCAGGGACGCGAGUAGGAUGCUACCCGCACGCAGGAUUUAGACACCAGUUGUGGAAGCUAUUUGGAUCGAGGAGAAGCAACAUGGCCGACUUAUGCACCAUUAGAAGUUGUGGCCCACCGACCGUCUUAGAUGCAGCAUCAUGCCCUGUCUCCGCACAGUGUGAAUCGCUGCACUCUGCCACGUUCGAUCCCCAAUCGAAGACACAGGAAUGGAUCUUCGCUCACAUUCCAAUUCCUUAUCACACACCCCCAUCGCCUUCCAUAUCGCCUGCGUUACCUGCAUCACCUCGUCCUCUGUCUCACCGCCUGUUUUACUUGCAAAACAUAUCUUCAGGCUUAUUCGUCACCCGCACGAUUGGGCCCGGGGAAGAUGGCUUUCGCCUCAUGGCCACGCAUUCGUCUUCUUCCCUUUGGUAUUUCUUCCACUCCUGCCACCGCGCAGUCGACUAUCCCCACUUUGCAAUCCUCUCCAGUUCAGCCACCCAAACAUGCGAGGCACUCAUCGACCAAAAAAUUGGAGAUCAUGUCCGCACAGCCUAUUACAGUCCCAAGCAUGAUCAUCAUCACUGGCAGCCCAUCCCACGCGCAGACGGGAAUUUCUCCUUCCGAAACAGAGGCUCUGGUGCUUUAUUGGCCGAGGGUUCAGGACAAGCUCUCUCUGCCGUCGCCAGCGACGGGAACGACAAUCAAUCAUGCCUUUGGAGGGUCGUUUAUGCCGACUCGUCGGCCAACUCAACACAACCUCAAUGCUCAGUCGUAUACGACUCGACGCUUACCUUUCCUCCUCUUUCCCUCUUCCGGCCGACUUCGCAACUUUCUGACUCGUUCCUCACAACCUCACUAUCCGUGGGCAGCCACCGGCCAGCGCUGCGUGUCGAACAGGCAGAGAACACUCUGCAGGCGGGUUUGGCGGCGAGCUUGAACAAAGAGAAUGGUGUACUCUUUGACCUGGUUGACACGGGAUACACCUCAUUCGUCAUCGUGCCGCAGAUCAUCUUCGCUGCAAAACUCGGACGGUGUACAGUCAUUAAGUUGACGGACGAGGAAAGAAUCUUGAGGCCGAGACGGUUCCGUCAGGCUAGGGACGGACGUGCUUGCGGCUAAUCACUCUCAAAUCAUGAUAUCUCAUGGGUCAAUUACAUGUGGCUGUAGACAGC